CAAAAUGUCCAGCCGCUCAGUCACUACCCGACAGUCACAGUCAUCCUCUUACAGAAGGAUGUUUGGUGGGGAGAGACCAACUACGGCUAGGUCGACUUACUCAAGUCGCCAAUACUCCAGCCCGGUGCGCUCACGAGGUUCCUAUAGUGUAUCCUCCGCUCCCCCAUCCAUCUUCGCUACUAAGAGCACCAGGAUGCGAAGCAGCGCUCCCAUGGUGAGGUUUGGGACGGACAACUUGGAUUUUAGCCUCUCUGAAGCCAUAAAUACCGAAUUUAAAGCUAGCCGCACAAAUGAGAAGGCAGAGAUGCAGCAUCUCAACGACAGAUUCGCCAGUUAUAUCGAGAAGGUGAGAUUUUUGGAACAACAGAAUAAAAUUUUGGUUGCGGAGCUGGAACAGUUGAAAGGCAAGGGCCCCUCCCGGGUUGGGGAUCUGUACGAGGAGGAGAUGAGAGAACUUCGUCGCCAGGUAGACCAGCUAACCAACGAAAAAGCCAGAGUGGAAGUGGACCGGGACAAUUUGGGAGAGGACGUCGAACGCCUCAGAGAGAAAUUGCAGGAGGAGAUUCUUCAAAGGGAAGAUGCUGAAAACAAUUUACAAAGCUACAGACAGGAUGUUGAUAAUGCUUCUCUUGCCCGUCUGGACCUGGAGAGGAAGGUAGAGUCUCUGCAGGAGGAAAUUGCCUUCCUGAGGAAGAUUCAUGAUGAGGAGAUCGCUGAGCUGCAGGCUCAGUUCCAGGAGCAGCAUGUGCAGAUCGAGAUGGAUGUGGCCAAACCGGACCUGACCGCCGCUCUGCGUGAUGUCCGUCUGCAAUACGAGACUCUAGCCACCAAAAACUUAGAGGAGUCUGAGAACUGGUACAAAUCCAAGUUUGCUGACCUGUCUGAGGCUGCUGCCCGUAACAAUGAAGCCCUCCGCCAGGCGAAACAGGAAGCCAACGAGUACCGUCGGCAGGUCCAGGCACUGACCUGUGAAGUGGAUGCUCUAAAGGGAACUAAUGAAUCUCUGGAGCGUCAGAUGAGAGAGAUAGAGGAGAACUUUGGCGCGGAAGCCGCGGGUUACCAGGACCAGGUCGCCCAUCUGGAAGAGGACAUCCGAAACAUGAAGGACGAGAUGGCACGUCACCUGCGUGAGUACCAGGAUCUGCUCAACGUAAAGAUGGCUCUGGAUAUUGAGAUCGCCACCUACCGGAAACUGCUGGAAGGAGAGGAGAGCAGGAUUACCACACCCUUACCCAGCUUUUCCUCAUUUAACCUGCGAGAGAGCAUGAUGGAAGCUCGACCAAUGAUUGAAAACAUGGCAAAGAAAGUGGUGAUAAAGACAAUUGAAACAAGAGAUGGACAUGUUAUCAACGAGUCCACCCAACACCACGAUGACCUGGAAUAAACUGCAUCUGAAAGAGAUGAGUGAUAGAGCAUGGGUAUGAGUAGCACUCUAGCAGAAAUAGGGAGGGUAAAAGAUAGGGGAUAUUUCUGUUGUUUUUGUGAGGAUACUGAUUGAAAACUGAUUGAAAACAAACAAACAAACAAACAAAAAAACAAAACAAAACAAAAACAGCUUUAAAAGUGCCUUUGUUGCUUUACUAGAGCAAUCUGCAGAUAGAGGUGUUUUAGGAAAGAGUAGACACUGUAGGGCAUUGAAGAAACCAUUUUUAUUGGAUGUCAUUGUUUACCACAAAAGUCUGUAGUUUAC